AAAUACAAAAUACAGAAAAUGAAUAAUAGAAUCAACCCAGUCAGCUUAUCUUCGGCGGGGCAGAGAGAUGCUAGGGGCGAUUUUAGCUAACUCACGUUAGCCUCACUUGCUAGCUGACAACACCUGAUGGGAUUGGGUCAAAAUAAAAGGGGAUUAAAAAAGAAAUGUCUCACUGGAUCUGCUGCAACUCCUGCUUUCUUCCGCCCUCUUACGAGCGCAGACUGGCACUAACGACGUGUGGACAUAUUAUAUGCAGUAUUUGCUACCACAAAGGUAAACGAAGCGAGUGUUUAAUAUGCAGCAACAAAUGUCAAGUGUCACCUCUCACUGACCAAAGCAGCUCUGAAGUGAAGGCCUUGUUCUCCAACAUCAACGUUGUGGCAAAAAAACAUGUUUCAGAAAUCAGCAAGGUGUUAAUGUUCCAGGCAAGACAUCAGAAAAGGCUGCUUACACACUACCAGAAAAAGAAUGAGAAGCUAGAGGAGGUCCUUGUCAAGACGAAGCAGGAAAUGCAGCAAAUGGCCAAGAAGCUGCACGAACAGAGUACCUACAUUGCAAAACUGGAAUAUUCUCUUCAAAGUUCAUUAUCUACGUCUCAGAUGAGCCACAGCUCCCAAACCUCACAUGGACGAAAAGCAGUGGUGCAGAUGCCAUUCAACUCCCCCGUGUCCCUCUCCAGACAUUCCUCGUCCAGCAACAUUGCUGACCGCAUGGAAGUGGAUGAACGGAUAUUCAAGAAACCUGUGAACGUCCCCAGACUGUCACUGAUCAGCCCUCCACACAACGGACGCAUGGGCACUGUUCCUCACAGGACGUCCAGCCAGAUAUCACUGGCCAACCACUCCACGUUCUCAGCCACAGUCAGUCGCUGUCAAAGAACACAAAUGAGCCCAAACGUCUCCCCCGGUUGGAAUUCUCCCAUCUUCAGGACUUCCCAGCCUUUCAGAAACUUGUCUUUAUCCUCCCCAAUGCACUUUCCGCCAUAGCAGGUGGACGCACAAGAUCACAUCCACAUGCAUGCUAUCAGUGUUAGUCAGUGUUUAGCAAAGGCGAUUCAUUAAAGACACAGAACACAUCAACAUAGCAUCUUGAUGCCUUAGUGCAGGGGUCUCAAACUCAAUUUACUUGGGGGCCACU